CUCCCCUCUCUCUGCCGGGUCUCUGACAUCCAUCCGUCCGUCUCCCUCCUAUCUCUCUGUCCAUCCAGGCUGGAUUGAUGUAACCUGGGAUGCUGGCGGCUCUAACUCUUACCGUAUGGGCGCUGAAGGGAAGUUUGACCUCAAGCUUGCUCCAGGGUACGACCCUGAGUCGGCUGCCACAGCGCCGUCACCCAAACCUGUCUCAUCCACUGUUUCAGGCCCCGCCUCCUCCACGGUGGGACCCUCCUCGACGCAGGCAGCCAUUGGCGGCAUCAACAUCACCACCACCACCACGUCCUCUUCGUCCUCCUCCACCUCGUCUUCCUCGCAGCAGCAGUCGUGGAGCAGCCUGGUGAAAAAUAACUGUCCCGAUAAGGGCGGGGCUACAUCGCUGGGAGGGGCGAGUUCCUCCAGCAGGAAGGGAAGCAGCAGCUCCGUCUGCAGCGUCGCCUCCUCCUCCGACAUAAGCUUGAGUUCUUCUGCCGGGCUGCAAGGCUUGGGGGGAAUGCGGAUGGACAGGAGGGCCGAGGGGCUUCUGCUGGACCAGGGUUCAGGGUUAGGAGGACUUAUGGGGAUCGGGGUCGGCUCCGACGGACACCUUCUGGAACCAAUCGUCAUGCUUUCCUCAGCGGCGGAGGGAGGGUCCGGUUCCAGCUCCGGCACGCUAACCGCCGACGGUUCUGCCCCUGGAGACGAAGCCCGAAACAAAGACUCUUCCACGGACCCGGCCACAGCGAUCUCCAUGGGGCUGGUCAGCGUGAGUUCCCCCGACGUCAGCUCGGUGUCGGAGUCUUCCAGCAAAGACACGCCUUCCCAGAGGCCUCUGUGCUCCGCGGCUAACGCCAGACUGUCCGUGAGCUCCCUGCUGGCGGCCGGCGCUCCCAUGAGCUCCAGCGCCAGCGUUCCCAACCUGUCGUCCCGCGAGGCCAGCCUCAUGGAGUCCUUCGUCCGCCGCGCGCCCAACAUGUCGCGCACCAACGCCACCAACAACAUGAACCUGAGCCGCAGCAGCAGCGACAACAACACUAACACACUGGGCAGGAACGUCAUGAGCACUGCUAUUACCAAUCUGUCAUUUGAAGCUUCUCCUCUCAUGGGUGCUCAGAGCUUUCCUAACCUCACCACCACUGGCACCACAUCCACCGUUACCAUGUCAACCUCCAUAGUAACCAGCAGCAAUAACGUAGCCACGGCCACCACUGGUCUGUCGGUGGGCCAGUUGCUAAGCAACACCCUGACGACCAGCCUGACGUCCACGUCUAGCGAGAGCGACACAGGCCAGGAGGCCGAGUUCUCGCUCUAUGACUUCCUGGACAGCUGCCGUGCCAACACGCUAUUGGCUGAGCUGGACGAUGAGGAGGACCUCCCAGAGCCCGACGACGACGAUGACGAGAACGAAGACGACAAUCAGGAGGACCAGGAGUACGAGGAGGUCCUGGUAAUACACCUUUUUAUAUAUUGGAUCUUAAAGGUCACCUAUUAUGCAAAUUCUCUUCUUCAUGUCUCUUCUACAUCAACAU